AUGGAGCUUGGCCUCUCUGAGUCUGUCCACCAUAUGAAGGAUGCCCUGAUAUCACCGCAAGAUACGCCGCUUGAUUCUGCUCCAGAACGUCCUCCAGGCCCCGCCCUGCUGGAUGAUAGCGAGUCCAACAUGCUAGACAAUCUUUUUACAUCCCUAAAUGCCAGUCAGUUCGAUAACAACGACUUUUGGCUCUCGUUUGGCGACCAGAACGGCGCUGAGCCCGGUAGUAAUUUCAGCUGGCCUGAUCUACCGCCGACCUUUGAGGGAUCUACCACCACCCUGCCGUCGCAACAGUCACAUCACAUUCACUCUGCCAAGCAAUCGAGAGACCUGUCCGCGCCCGAUAGAUCGGGACCCCUGAGCUCAGAUGUCCUGGCUGCGGCACAGAUGCUCUACCAGAACGGGCACCAGAACGUUUCCUCCAUACAGAGCCAGCUAUACACCGAACACGGCCUGUUGGACCACAACAGCAACAACUACCACUACAACAUCCAUGUACAGCAGCAGCACCACCAGAUAGAUACAAAGCUCGGUCGCUACCAUGAUGGGUCCGCCCCGCAGAAGGAAUUUCUUGUUAUACCCAAGGGGAUACACACCAGCACCAUGAUAUUCGACCAUGCCGCACAUCGCUCACCGGCCAACGACCACCAACAGCCCAACACAGGGGCAGCCACCUCAAAGCUGGACACUGGUGUGUUACAGUGGGGAUCUGACUCUGGUUUCGCUCACCAGGGCUAUCGUCUGCCUCCUGGCCAGCCCACGGUCGAAGAGACAACAGAACACCUGCUCCACAACUUAGAGUGCCUAGAAGCCCAGUCCAGCGCAGCGAAUACUCGCCCAUCCAGUCCUAUUCGAAAGCUACAAGACACUCAGUCCCUUGCGGCAUCUCGAAACCCAAAUCCGCCCUCCUAUGAAGACAGGCCGAAGAAACGAAGGAAGAGCAAUAACAGGAUAAAAGAAGAGGACACGGAACUAGUCAGCGCCCUGUCAACGUCUAAAUUUCCAUCUACCGCCACCACUACAUCGUCAUCAACACCAUCCACAAGUACCUUUGUUCGCCCGUCAUCUCGCAAGUCAAAAGCCACCUCCCCCACUGGUAGCAAGGCAACCAUCAAACCGGUGCGAGAGAAUCUAUCCGAAGAGCAGAAGCGAACGAACCAUAUACUUUCCGAGCAAAAACGACGGAACCUGAUCAAGCAAGGGUUUGAUGAUCUGUGCUCCCUGGUACCCGAGCUGAAGGGCGGAGGGUACAGCAAGAGUACUAUGCUGACACAGGCAGGCGACUGGCUGGCCGAUCUACUGGCCGGCAACGAGCUUCUGAAGGCGCAGUUGGCGGACAUCAAGGCCAAGGGGGGAUGA